AUGGGAGAAAAACAGAAAAGACAACAAAAACUUUGGAAUGUUCCCCGGAUUCCUCGCAUUCAAGUCCCUCCAUCUGCCUCAAACACUUCCUUAAUGAAGGACCUCACCCCAGGGCAGCAGCGCUACUUCUACAGCAUCAUGAGGAUUUACAACACCAGGCCCCAGUGGGAGGCCCUGCAGGCCCGCUACAUUCGCACCCUUCAGCACCAGCAGCAGCUUGGCUAUAUUACCCAACGGGAAGCCUUGACAUGUGCUGCUGUGCUCAGAGAGUCAACCAAGAGAGCCUUAGCCAAGGUAGCUCCUCAAAGAUCCAUCUCCCGCAAGGCUUCUGCCAUGACAAGAACCUGGCUGGCAGCAGUACCUGUUUCUGUGGGUCCACGCAGGGCUCACACUGCGGGGCUCUGAUCUCCCAGCAAGUGAGGCUUUUCACAUGUGCUGAAAGGCAGUUUGCCCUUGUAUCCUAGCAUCUAGUGGGUACUUAGUGCAUAUUUGCUAAAUGAUAAUGAAUAAUACAAACCCCAUGCUCAAAGACAUAAUUUCUCCCUGUUCACAUAAAUUUUACUAGCAAGAAGAAGUUGAA